AUGCUAGCAAAUGUUAAUGAUAAGAAACCUAUUAUGACUAACCCUUGGGAAGAGAAAGUCUGCAAAAUGGCUCAAACGAGUUUACUGCAGGGGAAGCAGUUUUACUGUAGGGAGUGGGUUUUCCACAAGCUUCAGCAUUGCCUCCAGGAGAAGACUAACUGCUGCAACAGUGCUGUCAACACACCACCGCUUGUAAUGAAUUCUGGGAAUAAUGCUAGUGUUGUCUCUGGGAAAGGAGCUGCCUGGGGUGUGUUAUUGGUAGGAGGGCCUGGCAGUGGCAAGACAGCCUUAUGCACUGAACUCUUGUGGCCAAGUUCACCUACAAGCUUGCAGAGAGGUUUACAUCGCCAGGCGUUGGCCUUUCAUUUCUGCAAAGCUCAGGACUCUGAUACAUUGUGUGUUGGAGGGUUUAUUAGAGGUCUCGUUGCUCAGAUCUGCCGUAGUGGACUACUCCAAGGAUAUGAAGACAAACUAAGGGAUCCAGCAGUUCAAAGCCUCCUACAGCCUGGGGAAUGUGAGAGAAACCCAGCAGAAGCAUUUAAAAGGUGCGUCCUGCUCCCUCUUUUGGGAAUGAAGCCACCCCAGCAAAGCCUCUAUCUUCUUGUGGAUUCUGUGGACGAAGGGUGUAACAUUACUGAAGGUGAACAGACGUCCACCAGCUUAUCUGGGACUGUGGCAGAGCUUUUGGCUGGUCACCACGAGUUCUUUCCACCGUGGCUAUUACUUCUCUGUUCUGCCCGAAAACAGAGCAAAGCUGUUACUAAAAUGUUUACUGGUUUUCGAAAAAUAAGUUUAGAUGACCUUCGGAAGGCAUAUAUCGUUAAGGAUGUUCAGCAGUACAUCCUUCAUCGUUUAGAUCAAGAAGAAGCUUUGCGACAACACCUCACGAAAGAAACUGCAGAGAUGUUAAAUCAACUGCACAUUAAAAGUAGCGGAUGCUUUCUUUAUCUAGAACGAGUUCUUGAUGGAGUUGUAGAAAAUUUUAUUAUGUUGAGAGAGAUUCGUGACAUCCCAGGAACUCUAAAUGGUCUAUAUCUCUGGCUGUGUCAAAGACUUUUUGUAAGAAAACAGUUUGCAAAGGUUCAGCCUAUCUUGAAUGUGAUUCUUGCAGCCUGCCGGCCUCUGACCAUAACAGAAUUAUAUCAUGCAGUAUGGACAAAAAAUAUGUCAUUAACCUUGGAAGACUUUCAACGCAAGUUAGAUGUCCUCUCCAAACUUCUUGUUGAUGGACUUGGAAAUACUAAAAUACUGUUUCACUACAGUUUUGCAGAGUGGCUCCUGGAUGUGAAACACUGCACUCAAAAGUAUUUAUGCAAUGCAGCAGAAGGACACCGAAUGUUGGCUAUGAGUUAUACCUGUCAAGCCAAGAAUUUAACACCAUUGGAAGCACAAGAAUUUGCAUUGCACUUAAUUAAUUCAAACUUACAGUUAGAGACAGCUGAGUUAGCUCUGUGGAUGAUAUGGAAUGGCACACCUGUCAGAGACUCCCUGUCUACUUUAAUACCCAAGGAACAAGAAGUGCUGCAGCUGUUGGUAAAAGCUGGUGCUCAUGUCAACAGCGAAGAUGAUCGCACAUCAUGCAUCGUCCGGCAGGCCUUAGAAAGAGAGGAUUCCAUUCGGACAUUAUUAGACAAUGGAGCUUCAGUAAAUCAGUGUGAUUCGAAUGGGAGAACAUUACUGGCUAACGCGGCUUACAGUGGCAACCUCGAUGUGGUGAAUUUACUGGUCUCUAGGGGAGCAGAUUUAGAAAUAGAAGAUGCUCACGGACACACACCGCUUACCCUGGCUGCUCGACAAGGACAUACCAAGGUGGUUAAUUGUCUGAUUGGUUGUGGAGCAAAUAUUAAUCACACCGAUCAGGAUGGCUGGACAGCAUUGAGAUCCGCAGCUUGGGGUGGUCACACCGAGGUGGUGUCUGCACUGCUUUAUGCUGGCGUAAAAGUGGACUGUGCAGAUGCCGACAGCCGAACAGCUCUGAGAGCAGCAGCCUGGGGAGGACAUGAGGAUAUUGUGCUGAACUUGCUCCAGCAUGGUGCUGAGGUCAACAAAGCUGACAACGAAGGCCGAACUGCUUUGAUAGCAGCUGCCUACAUGGGACAUAGAGAGAUUGUGGAACAUCUGCUGGAUCACGGAGCAGAAGUGAAUCAUGAAGAUGUCGACGGCAGGACUGCACUCUCUGUGGCUGCACUUUGUGUUCCUGCAAGUAAAGGACAUGCAUCAGUCGUUAGCCUUCUGAUUGAUCGAGGUGCUGAAGUGGAUCACUGCGAUAAAGAUGGCAUGACGCCCCUGCUGGUUGCUGCCUAUGAAGGACAUGUCGAUGUGGUUGAUUUGCUUCUAGAGGGGGGAGCUGAUGUUGACCACACGGAUAACAAUGGGCGUACACCCCUCCUAGCUGCCGCUUCUAUGGGUCAUGCCUCAGUUGUAAACACGCUUUUGUUUUGGGGUGCCGCUGUGGACAGCAUUGACAGUGAAGGGAGAACAGUGCUUAGCAUAGCUUCAGCCCAAGGAAAUGUUGAAGUAGUCCGUACUCUGCUGGACCGGGGCUUAGAUGAAAAUCACAGAGAUGAUGCUGGAUGGACACCUUUGCACAUGGCAGCUUUUGAAGGCCACAGAUUAAUAUGUGAAGCACUCAUUGAACAAGGUGCUAGAACAAAUGAGAUCGACAACGAUGGGCGGAUACCUUUCAUAUUAGCUUCGCAAGAGGGUCAUUAUGACUGUGUUCAAAUAUUACUGGAGAAUAAAUCCAACAUUGAUCAGAGAGGUUAUGAUGGAAGAAAUGCUCUGCGGGUUGCUGCAUUAGAAGGACACCGGGACAUUGUUGAACUGCUUUUUAGCCAUGGAGCUGAUGUUAACUACAAAGAUGCUGAUGGUAGGCCAACACUUUAUAUUUUGGCCUUAGAAAAUCAGCUUACAAUGGCUGAGUAUUUUUUGGAAAAUGGUGCAAACGUGGAAGCAAGUGAUGCUGAAGGCAGGACGGCACUUCAUGUCUCGUGCUGGCAAGGCCACUUGGAGAUGGUGCAGGUUCUGAUCACCUAUCACGCUGAUGUCAAUGCUGCUGACAAUGAAAAGCGUUCUGCACUGCAGUCUGCAGCCUGGCAGGGCCACGUAAAAGUGGUGCAGCUUCUCAUUGAGCAUGGUGCUGUGGUGGACCACACGUGUAAUCAGGGCGCCACCGCGCUCUGCAUUGCGGCCCAGGAAGGACACAUUGACGUUGUGCAGGUUUUAUUAGAGCACGGUGCUGAUCCAAACCAUGCUGAUCAAUUUGGACGUACUGCUAUGCGAGUUGCAGCCAAAAAUGGACACUCUCAGAUAAUUAAAUUAUUAGAAAAAUAUGGUGCCUCCAGUUUGAAUGGCUGUUCUCCAUCUCCUGUUCACACGAUGGAGCAAAAGCCUCUACAGUCAGUGUCUUCAAAAAUGCAGUCUCUAACAAUUAAAUCAAACAGCUCGGGCAGCACUGGUGGCGGGGAAGCGCAGCCUUCGUUACGCAGUUUACCAAACGGGCCAGCUCAUGCAUUCAGUUCUCCUUCAGAAUCGCCUGAAUCGACAGUUGAUCGGCAGAAGUCAUCAUUGUCAAAUAAUUCCUUGAAAAGCUCAAAAAAUUCAUCUUUGAGAACUACUUCAUCUACAGCAACGGCUCAAACAGUGCCAAUCGACAGCUUCCACAGCUUGUCAUUUACAGAACAAAUUCAGCAGCACUCGUUGCCGCGCAGUAGAAGUCGCCAGUCGAUUGUCUCCCCGUCUUCCACAACACAGUCCUUGGCCCAGAGCCAUCAUUCACCGAGUAGUGAGUUUGAGUGGAGUCAAGUCAAGCCCAGCUUGAAGUCAACGAAAACGAAUAAAGGGGGGAAAUCAGAAAAUUCCAACAAAUCUGGGUCAGCUGGGAAAAAAGCUAAACAAAAUAAUUCUUCACAGCCGAAGGUCUUGGAAUAUGAAAUGACUCAGUUUGAUAAAAGAGGACCCACAGCCAAAUCUGGGACCAGUGCACCAUCUAAGCCGAUGCCAGCAGAUUCACAGUGUAAAAUCAUGAUUCCUUCAGCUCAGCCAGAAAUAGGUCGAUCUCAACAGCAGUUCCUUAUUCACCAACAAAGUGGGGAACAGAAGAAGAGAAACGGAAUAAUGACAAAUCCAAAUUAUCAUCUGCAGAGCAACCAGGUUUUUCUCGGUAGGGUUUCAGUCCCACGGACAAUACAAGACAGAGGGCAUCAGGAAGUGUUAGAAGGAUACCCUUCCUCGGAGACGGAAUUAAGCCUUAAACAAGCUCUGAAGCUUCAGAUUGAGGGUUCUGACCCUAGCUUCAACUAUAAAAAGGAAACACCAUUAUAA